AUGUGGAGUUUCAUAAAAAAGUUUAUAGAUCAUCCACCUCCUUCAACUACAAAAGUUCAAAAGGAUAUUGUCGAGAAAUUUUCCCGUAAUAGUUCUUAUGAGAGCUGGAAUAAAGAAGAUUUGAUACAAAGAAUAUUGGAGUUAGAGAAGGUUUCGAAAGUCAAAAAAAGAGAGCACCCAGACGAAGUUAUAGACCUCAAGAAAGACAAGAAGGCUAAAAAGCAGAAGACUUUCGAUUUUUCAAAAUACAAUACUCGUUUUAUUGCUCUGCGAUUUGCCUAUCUGGGCUGGAAUUACAAUGGUUUAGCUAUACAGAAGGAUCCAACUCCAUUGCCUACAAUUGAAGGCACCAUUAUAGAAGCACUAAACAAAUGCAAGCUAGUUCCUAGUAUCACUCCGCAAGAGUUUGAAUUCAGUAGAUGUGGUAGAACUGAUAAAGGUGUCAGUGCUAUGAACCAGGUCAUCUCUUUAAGAGUUAGAUCAAAUCUCACUGAUGAAGAGCAAAAAGAUCCCAGAAACGAUCACAAAGAGAUACAAUAUGUCGCAAUACUCAAUCAACUACUACCAGACGAUAUCAGAAUAUCAGCAGUAUGUUUGAGACCUCCUAACAGCUUUGACGCUAGAUUUAGUUGCGAGUAUAGACAUUAUAAGUAUCUUUUCCAUAAGGAUGGCCUUGAUCUUGAUAGAAUGCAGAAAGCUGCAAAACUCUACGAAGGUGAGCACGACUUCCGCAAUUUCUGCAAGCUUGAUGGGUCUAAACAAAUCACAAACUACAAUAGAACCAUGAUAAGUGCUAAUAUUAAACAUGUAUAUAAUGACUUUUACUGUUUUGAUUUGAUAGGCAGUGCAUUCUUAUGGCAUCAAGUUAGAUGUAUGACUGCUAUUUUAUUUCUUGUUGGCCAAGGCCUUGAGGAGCCAACCCUGAUUGAGAAAAUGUUAGAUGUGACCUCUAUGCCGCAGAAGCCUAUGUAUGAAAUGGCUAGUGACAUACCAUUGCUAUUAUAUGAUUGUAAAUUUCCUGCUAUGGAAUGGCAAGAAGCUAAUUUGAAUGAUUACAAAUCUGUAAAAUAUGGCAAAGCCGUAUCAGCUCUUGCAUUAGAUUAUCAUCUUAAAGCUACUGUCGUUGAGAUCUUCAAAAAUACACUACCUACCUCAGAUAUCGAAUUCUCUGGAAAGACUAGAAUUAAUCUUGGGGAUGGGAAAGGUAAGGUAGUCACUGACUAUGAAAAGAUGCUUGAUAGACAGGUCAUGGCUACUGUUGAAGAGGUAAACAGUAAGUAUUUAGAAAGAAAGAAAAGAAACCCUAAGAAAAAAUGA